CAAACUCACUAAAGGUAGCACGCACAGAGAUGAAACUUGGUAAGCAUGAGUAUUACAUCAUUUCCUAUAUACAUGUUUCUAUGACGACUACAUAUUGUUCAAAUAGCCUCAGGCAAACUUGCUAACGGUAGCACGCAUGGAGAUGAAACUUGGUAUGCAUGAAUGCUACAUCAUUUCCAUGACAACUUCAUCUUUCCAUGACGACCGCAUGUUGUUUGAACAACAUCAAAUAGCUUCAGGCAAUCUUCACUCCUCAAACUUGCUAAUGGUAGCACUCAUGGAGAUGAAAGUUGGUAUGAAACAUUGUUUCCAUGACAACCGCAUAAUUAUUAUCAGAGCGUCGGUAGACGCUCUAUAUAGGGAUGACACGAGUGAAAUCCCACGCGAUCCGCGUACAAAACGCCUCAAAACUCAGCGAGAAUGACUCACCACGGCUUCAAAAUCACUAGCAAUAGUCUAGAGGCCAAUACCUAGCUAUACAUAUGCCCCAAGACUUCCUACGUGCCUUCAGUUCCCCACGAGAGAAUUCGCUCUUACGCGAUUUUGCGAUUUUCAUGUCAUCAUCAUAAUUAUUCUUCAUCUUCUUCUCCGCUAGCUCCUUACCGGAAGCAGUUGAAGCGUUGAUUUUUUUCACAGAACGUCUCCGAAUUUGCCGGAGGUGUGCACUUUCUUGCCGCAAGUCACUUCAGUAGAUCGUUGAGCUCUUCCACUGUAGUCACUGAACAACGCCAUUUGCUGCAUCAGUGAGCCGCAUGUGCCGAUGAGAGCGUUUCCCCAAUGCGGUGCGCGUGUAUUACCAUAUUAUAGUCUCGUGCGUGAACCAGACUAAGCCAGGAUGCCUGCAGAGGAACUCAUAUCCUCCAGUGCCUUCUGUAAGUCAGUAUACACAUUUUUAACUGGCUAGCUUGCGUUUUGCUGUUGAACGAGGAGCAACUUGGUAGUGUGCGCAGUGUUACGCGGGCCUUGCCCAGCGCCUUCAUUGUUUGUCCCCCUAUCAUUGUAGUCUGAUUACUGAAGCCUGCCUAUGAAACCACCCCACCAUAUGUGCCACAACCUAAUUGCAUCGUUGUUGGAGACACUACGCAUACACCCUGCUUCAGUUUCAUCAGCUCAGCAGCCACUUUCUCACCUGCCAUGCUGCGAUGGAAGCAUACGCCAUGGGUCUCAUGCGCAACAUUCCAGACGCCCACCCUGUCUACAAGCUACUGCGACCACACACCCGUUACACAAUGGCCAUCAACAACAAAGCCCGAGAAUCAUUAAUAGGUCCCAAUGGAGCUAUUAACGCCACCUUUUCUCUUGAUCUUCAAGGCCAGAAGGAUGUGUUUUGCAGGGCCGGAAAGAAGUAUUCUGUUAAUUGGAGCAAUAUCAAAAGGGAUGUCAAAGCACGAGGCGUGCAAGAUUCUAGUCUGCUUCCAUUCUACCACUAUCGAGAUGACGGCAUUAAAAUAUGGGAUGCUCUUACAACUUAUGUUAAUUCCAUCAUUGACCUGUCUUACCAUGAUGAUAAAUCAGUCAAAGAAGACAAAGAGCUACAGAGCUUUGCUCAUGAUAUCCACAACAAUGGGUUUCCUGCGUAUGAUGGGAGCUAUCUUAAUGGUCACGACUUCCCACCUUCCAUAAGCACCAAGGCUGAGAUUGUAGAAAUCUGCACCCUCAUCAUGUUCACUGGAUCAGCUCAACAUGCUGCAGUCAAUUUCGGCCAAUACACCUAUUACAGCUUCGUUCCAAAUGCUCCACUCACUCUUCAUCAUCCUCCACCAGCAGAAAAAGGAAAACUCACUUUUAAGCAGCUAAUGGAUGCACUUCCAAAUGAAGAAGGAACCCAAAAUAUGAUUACGGUUACUUCUCUCCUUUCAAAAUAUUCUUCUGAUGAGAUCUUUGUCGGGACAUACCCAGCUGAACUCGUUGUUGAGAAGGAAGCUAAGGCUGCUGCUGAAAAUUUGAGGAAGACACUGGAGAAGAUAACAGUUGAGAUAGAAGAGAGGAACAAAGCUCUGGAGGUGCCCUACAUAUACCUGCUCCCUAAAAAGAUCCCAAACAGCAUUACUAUCUAACUAAUCUGAUACAAACUCAUUGACUUGAGUAGUAAGUAGCUAUGUAGUAUAUAUUAUCUUGAAUGCUCAUAACUGAAACUUUAAAUCACAAAAUUGCUUCCCGGC